GUUCCGGUAGACCUGUGCAGGUACACCUGUGCAGGUGAAACUGUGCAGGUAGACCGGAGACCUUUGAAUACCCACACACGCUAUGGUGAAAUUCUAGCGAUUCUCUCACUUCCAUGGUAUUCUCUCGUUCGAUGACAAUGGCAUCGAAAGAUGACGCGGACGCGUUGGCUUUGCUAGGCCUCUUAUUAGUUGUAAAUGGACGUGUAAAGAACAAGAAGAAACGGGAAAAAUGGUGCAAAGACUGGUUAUUAAAGCGGAGAAAUUACAGUCAUAUAAAUUUAUUAAACGAGUUGAGAUUUGAACCUAAAGAUUUCAAAAAUUAUCUACGAAUGGACGAGAAAACAUACUUAAAAUUGCUUUCUAUGGUUGCUCCUCUUAUUACAAAGAAGAAUACAGUAAUGAGAAGUUGUAUUUCACCGCAUCAGAGAUUAGCUGUAACUCUAAGAUUCCUAGCAACAGGAAGAAGUUACGAAGACAUGAAAUAUUCUUCAGUUAUCUCACCUCAAGCUCUCGGAAAAAUAAUCCCUGAAACAUGUGCUGCUUUGUAUAAAGUUCUGUGCAAAGAAUACUUGAAGUUUCCUAAAAGUCAAGAAGAAUGGAAAGAAAUAUCACAAUUAUUUGAAGAACGAUGGAACUUUCCACACUGCUUGGGUGCAAUCGACGGCAAGCACAUUGACAUCAUUCCGCCAGCUGAAAGUGGAUCUGAAUUUUUUAAUUAUAAAGGGCGACACAGUAUGGUUCUUUUAGGAAUUGUAAACGCAAAAUAUCAAUUUAUUUUAGCGGAUUUUGGAACCAAUGGAAGAAUAUCAGAUGGGGGUGUCCUCCAAAAUACAAAAUUUUUCGAAAUGUUAAAUAAAGGUGAAUUACAUAUUCCAAGCGAAGAACGUGUCAAAGAAAGCGCUAGAAAUCUUCCGUAUGUUUUUGUUGCUGACGACGCUUUUGCUUUACGCACUGAUAUGAUAAAACCCUUUCGACAAGCGGAUUUGACUUCGCAAGAAAAAAGAAUAUUCAACUACAGACUGUCUCGUGCAAGGCGCAUCGUCGAAAAUGCGUUUGGAAUACUGGCUUCGCGAUUUCGUAUAUUUCAUACUCAAAUUAAUGUAGAACCCGAGAACAUUGUUAAAAUAGUAAUGGCAGCAGUUGUUUUACACAAUUUUUUGAUACAACAUUCACCAAGAUCAUAUGCACCUCAAGAAUGUGUUCAUCAAGAAAAUACUGUAGACGGAAGCAUCAUCACUUACGGGUACAAUCCACUUAACUCUAACAUGGAAAAUUUAGAGCAACGAAACCCGGGAAAUAUCAAUGAUACAGCAAAAAACGUUAGAGUAAAUUUCAUGCAUUACUUUUGCCGCGAGGGCAGGGUACCAUGGCAAAAUAAUUUUAUUGUUUGAAUAUUUUUUUAUCUGUACUUACCAUCAACAUCAUUCGUAAAACAUACAAUAAAUAAAGUAUAAAAACUACUA